UCUAAAUCAGCCUUUCCUGAAUCACAGGAAGUUCCUCUGUAUCAGCCCGUGUUAAAUUCUGUUUAUUUAUCCUCCUGCUCCGCUGUGAGGAGUGUAGAGAGAGAGUUUAAGCUCAGUGUGAUUAUAAUCAGAGGAUCUCCGCGGUAAAAUGCUCUCUCUGGACUUUCUGGACGAUGUUCGGCGGAUGAAUAAGCGGCAGCUCUAUUAUCAGGUGCUGAACUUCGGGAUGAUCGUUUCUUCAGCUCUGAUGAUCUGGAAGGGGUUAAUGGUGGUCACUGGGAGUGAAAGUCCCAUUGUAGUGGUUCUCAGUGGGAGCAUGGAGCCUGCAUUUCACAGAGGUGACCUCCUCUUCCUUACCAACCGUGUGGAAGAUCCAAUAAGAGUGGGAGAAAUUGUGGUGUUCAGGAUUGAAGGAAGAGAGAUCCCCAUUGUGCAUAGAGUGCUAAAAAUCCACGAGAAAGAAAAUGGAGAUAUCAAGUUCCUGACGAAAGGUGAUAAUAACUCUGUGGAUGACCGAGGCCUGUACAAGCGGGGGCAGCACUGGCUGGAGAAGAAAGAUGUGGUGGGCAGAGCCAGAGGGUUUGUGCCUUACAUAGGAAUUGUUACAAUUCUAAUGAACGACUAUCCUAAAUUUAAGUAUGCUGUACUAUGUAUGCUGGGACUUUUUGUAUUGGUACAUAGAGAGUGAAACUCCAUCAAAUCUGGAAUGAAGAGGAAAAACGGUGUGGAAACCCUGCUGUGGGCCAGUUUUUGUAGUGUGUUAAAUAUGCUUGUUAAGAUCAUGCUCAUGCUAAAGCUGGUCGUGGCUAUUUUUUAUUCUGUCAAAGUCAGUUGUCCAGCGAGGGGUGAAAUCUAAAAAACUUGUAACAUUUGUUUUUAAUAAUCUUGCCAUGCCAUACCAAACCCAUGUUCAUGUUUA